AUGGUUCAUAAAAUGAAGUUGUUAUUUCUUUUUGUGUUUUUAUUUAACUAUUUACAAGCUGAACAUAUUUGGUUUGUUAAAUUUUCUCAUAAAUAUGAUUAUUUAUCACAUAUUGAAAAAAAUUUUCCAUUAAUUGAUCUACUUCAACAUGAUUAUGAUGAAUCAUCGUAUAUUUUUCUUAUACCAAAGAAUUAUUUAUCAAAUUUUGCUCGUUUUAUACAACAAUUCAGUGGUUUCUAUCGAGUUAUAUUUGAUAAUGCAAAAAAUGCAUGGAAGAAAUCUCAAUUAAGAUCAAAACGAUGGAUUCCAUCGGAUGAUCCAUUAGAUAAAACUUAUUAUCAACAUUUUCUUUCAUAUGAUGAACAACAAAAUUGGAACAAUUUACUUGCAAAUUCUUCAUCAACAAAAAAAUUCAUUCGUUUGCAUACAAUCGGUCAUACAUAUGAAAAUCGUUCACUUACUGUUGUACAGAUUCAUGCUAAAUAUCGUCGUCGAUAUAAACACCAACAACGUCGUAAACUUUCUGUAUUUAUUGAUGGAGGUAUGCAUGCACGAGAAUGGCUAUCAAUAGGUGUAGCAAACUUUGUUCUCAUACAGUUUCUUACAUUAAAAGAAAACAACUUGAAAGUUCAAAGAAUUUUACAUUAUUUUGAUAUUUUUGUUUUAUCAAUGAUGAAUCCAGAUGGUUAUGAAUAUUCACGAACACAAAGUCGUCUUUGGAGAAAAAAUCGUUCACCAACAAUUGCAUCAGAUUUUUGGAAUGGUGAUGAAUCUUGUUAUGGUGUUGAUCUUAAUCGAAAUUUUCCUUACCAAUGGAAUACUGCCUAUGGUUCUUCAGCUCAUCCAUGUUCACAAUCGUACCAUGGAUCAGAUCCAGCAUCAGAAAAUGAAGUACGAAGUGUUGUUGAUUUUCUUCAAACAAAUAAAUACUCUCAAAAUAAAUUUCAUGCUUACUUCAAUUUACAUGCUUAUGGAAGAUUUUGGUUAUUACCAUGGACUUAUUCAAAAUCAGAGAAGGUAUCGAAUUAUGAAAAUUUAUUAAAAAGAUGUAACCAAGUUGCAUCAAGUGUUAUGAAUCAAACAUAUAAAGUUGGACAAGCAUCGUUUUUAUUAUACCCAUGUAGCGGAACAAGUAUUGAUUUUGCUGCGACAUUAAUGCCACAUUCAAUGACCUUGGAAUUAUCGCCUAUAUUUAAAGGUUUACCCAUGUGUUUUGAAACAAAUCAAACUAUUAGUCCUAAUUGUACUGUUGGUUUUUUGACUGGUCCAGAAGUAAUUGAAAUAGAUGGAACAGAAAUUUUUAAUGCUAUUAUUGAAUAUUUAAAUUCUAUUAUACAAGAUUAUUUUCUUUGA